GGAAAGCUCUGUGCCGGCAGGAACAGCACCAUAGCUUAUGUGAGGAUGAGAGUAGCAUUUUUUUUGCAUAAGAUUCACUUAAAGCAGAAGGUUCAUUUUUUCUGGCUGUUCCCAGUUGCAUCAGGGACGAAGUGCUGAGCUAAUCCAGGGAGGCGUCAAGGCAUGAGCUGUAUUUAGAGGCAGCCACCUGCCUGGGAACAUCAAGCGGCAGAGAGAGCCUUCUUCAGCAAAACCCUGCCUGUGCAUUCCACAGCAGCGGCUGCCAGCAGGCCCUCCCUCCUCUGCCUGACUCUGCGAGAGGCCUCCAAAAGGGUCAGCACCUGAAGACAGACCCUGUCAGCCCAGGAGUGCUCUGAGCCUGGCACUCCCUCUGCCCAGGAACUGCCAGAUAUUUUGGACAGCUGCAAAGUGGAAUUAAAUCACGUGGGUGAAGAGUGGCCUAAUCUCUACAUAGGCAAUAUACAGUUUCUUUACCAAACUGAGGAAAACGAAAAGCUGUCCCUAAUACAGCCUGAGUGCAUGUAAAGGAGCAGCAAGAUGCUUCACACCAGAGACUCUUCAUCUCUGACUAGCAGCACUUCCUAUGAAACACCACCACUAUCAGAUCUUCAGCAGCUCCUGUGGCUCAGAGGAGGCUCUGAUAAUCAUGUGGACCAAGUCUGGCCAAAUAUCUACCUGGGAGAUGCGUGGGCUGCUAGGAGCAAAACUACACUUCAAAGCCUCAACAUUACUCAUAUCCUUAAUGCAGCAGAUGGACCAUAUAGCAUCAACACAGGAGCCAAAUAUUAUGCAGAUCUGAAAAUAGAGUACUAUGGAGUAGAAGCAUUUGAUGAUCCUUCCUUCAAUUUAAGUGUCUUCUUCUAUGAUGCUGCCAAUUUCAUACGCAAGGCCUUAAACUCUUCAGGAGGUAAGGUGUUCGUUCAUUGUGCCAUGGGAGUGAGCCGCUCAGCAACUUUAGUGCUUGCCUUUCUAAUGAUCCAUGAAAACAUGACACUUGUGGAUGCUCUGAAGACAGUGAGUGCUCACAGAAACAUCUGCCCGAAUUCGGGGUUCCUCAGUCAGCUCCGGGACUUGGACAUUAAACUGAACGAAGAGAGGAAAAGAAGCAGACCAUCUGCCACCAUAGGCCUGUAAGAGGGUAUUGCUGAAGAAAGAGGACAAAAUCCUCUUGGAGUUGCCUGCAUAUCUUCCAGAUGAACUGCAUUUAUAAAUUUAGAACACAAGUUUAUGGGACACCAGGAUGCAUGCUAUUAAUAAAAGUAGAUUUUGCUUGAUCUUUCCAUUUUGCAAAGCCUUCCUAGAUUUAUAUUUAUGAUUGGUUGUAUACUCUAUC